CAGUCGUUUCCUGUCGCUGCUUGGUAACAAUGGGGAAGAUAAUGGCUGCCUGAGCAACGUCUCCGAGCAGGCGCUGGGCUAGAGGCGGGUCUCAACCAGCUACUCAUUGGAGCGGGCUUGAGAGCGGCGGCCAGGGAGGUGCGGAGCAGCCUCGGCGGCGGCGGCCGAACCAACCGAGUCGGAUCCUGACCCUAAAACCUAAGCAGAGUGUGAAGAAAACUAAAAUCCAGUUUAUUGUAUUUCAAUACUAUGUCAUAACAGUCAGGUAAUUUUCCACUUGUUCAUCAAUAUGGAAAACUCAGAUUCUAACGACAAAGGAAGUGGUGAUCAGUCUGCAGCACAGCGCAGAAGUCAGAUGGACCGAUUGGAUCGGGAAGAAGCUUUCUAUCAAUUUGUAAAUAACCUGAGUGAAGAAGAUUAUAGGCUUAUGAGAGAUAACAAUUUGCUAGGCACCCCAGGUGAAAGUACUGAGGAAGAGUUGCUGAGAAGACUACAGCAAAUUAAAGAAGGCCCACCACCGCAAAACUCAGAUGAAAAUAGAGGAGGAGACUCUUCAGAUGAUGUGUCUAAUGGUGACUCUAUAAUAGACUGGCUAAACUCUGUCAGACAAACUGGAAAUACAACAAGAAGUGGACAAAGAGGAAACCAAUCUUGGAGAGCAGUGAGCCGGACUAAUCCAAACAGUGGUGAUUUCAGAUUCAGUUUAGAGAUAAAUGUUAAUCGUAAUAAUGGGAGCCAAAAUUCAGAGAAUGAAAAUGAGCCAUCUGCAAGACGUUCUAGUGGAGAAAAUGUGGAAAACAACAGCCAAAGGCAAGUGGAAAAUCCACGAUCUGAAUCAACAUCUACAAGGCCAUCUAGAUCAGAACGAAAUUCAACUGAAGCAUUAACGGAGGUCCCACCUACUAGAGGUCAGAGGAGGGCAAGAAGCAGGAGCCCAGACCAUCGGAGAACCAGAGCAAGAGCUGAGAGAAGUAGGUCACCUCUGCAUCCAAUGAGUGAAAUUCCACGAAGAUCUCAUCAUAGUAUCUCAUCUCAGACUUUUGAACAUCCUUUGGUAAAUGAGACGGAGGGAAGUUCUAGAACCCGGCACCAUGUGACAUUGAGACAGCAAAUAUCUGGGCCUGAGUUGCUAAGUAGAGGUCUUUUUGCAGCUUCUGGGACAAGAAAUGCCUCUCAAGGAGCAGGUUCUUCGGACACAGCUGCCAGUGGUGAAUCUACAGGAUCAGGACAGAGACCUCCAACCAUAGUCCUUGAUCUUCAAGUAAGAAGAGUUCGUCCUGGAGAAUAUCGGCAGAGAGAUAGCAUAGCCAGCAGAACUCGGUCUAGGUCUCAGACGCCAAACAACACUGUCACCUAUGAAAGUGAACGAGGAGGUUUUAGGCGUACGUUUUCACGUUCUGAGCGGGCAGGUGUGAGAACCUAUGUCAGUACCAUCAGAAUUCCCAUUCGUAGAAUCUUAAAUACUGGUUUAAGUGAGACUACAUCUGUUGCAAUUCAGACCAUGUUAAGGCAGAUAAUGACAGGUUUUGGUGAGUUAAGCUAUUUUAUGUACAGUGAUAGCGACUCAGAGCCUACUGGCUCAGUCCCCAGUCGAAAUAUGGAAAGGGCAGAGUCACGGAGUGGAAGAGGGGGUUCUGGUGGUGGUAGUAGUUCUGGUUCCAGUUCGAGCUCCAGUUCGAGCUCCAGUUCGAGUUCCAGUUCGAGUUCCAGUUCCAGUCCUAGUUCCAGUUCCGGUGGUGAAAGUUCAGAAGCUAGCUCAGAUUUAUUUGAAGGCAGUAAUGAAGGAAGCUCAUCAUCAGGCUCAUCAGGUGCCAGGCGAGAGGGUCGACAUAGGGCCCCAGUCACAUUUGAUGAAAGUGGCUCUUUGCCCUUCCUUAGCCUGGCUCAGUUUUUCCUCUUAAAUGAGGAUGAUGAUGACCAGCCUAGAGGACUCACCAAAGAACAGAUUGACAACUUGGCAAUGAGAAGUUUUGGUGAAAAUGAUGCAUUAAAAACCUGUAGUGUUUGCAUUACAGAAUAUACAGAAGGCAACAAACUUCGUAAACUACCUUGUUCCCAUGAGUACCAUGUCCACUGCAUCGAUCGCUGGUUAUCUGAGAAUUCUACCUGUCCUAUUUGUCGCAGAGCAGUCUUAGCUUCUGGGAACAGAGAAAGUGUUGUGUAAUUAAGAUCUGAACUCUCAGCUAUGUAGCUGAUAUAGUGAUGGGCAAACAGGAAUCACUUGCUUUUAUGUCCACUUUUUGAGUGGUACUUAAAUGUAAAGUAACAACCUGAAUUGAGUCAUUGCUUUCUGAAGGAAUCAUUGUCCUUUCUCCAGUUUUUGUUCCAGAAUAAAAGGAAAUAUUUUAAAAGCCACGUUUUAGGACCUAAAAAUCUGAUUUCUGUACCAGUUAAAUUGGUAGCAUCACUGUUACUGUUAAUUUAUCAUAUACACUCGUUAAUUUUUCCUUUGUUAUCUUAAAAGAUCUGCCUUAGCAAUGGCUCCUGUUUCAUGUUGAUCUUUAAAUUUUCCCACGCCAUAAGCGAGAGGAGCGAAGGAAAUUACCAGUUUAGACUAAGUUACAGUAUGUGUUUCAUAAGUGAUUAAAGCUAUACCAUUCCCAGUUAUUAGUUGACACAAAUUCAGCCACAUUCUGAAUAUUGUUUGUUCACCUUUCAGACUUGGUGAUACUGGACAUGUCAGUGUAAAUAACACUAAGGUUAGGAUCUUCUAAGUGUACAACUGUCUCCUAAGCCCAUCACUGUGGCACACUGUAGAGUGAGCUUAUAGUUUAAUUGAGAUAUUUAUCUUGUGGAAAUAUUAAAAAGCCUAUGCUUGUGUAAGUGAAAAAAAAAAUCACAUUCAUUUGUUUAAAAAUGUAAAGCUAUUUUGUAGAGGCUCAGUACUUUUCCAAUGCACUGUUGUAUGAAUGCAUUAAAAAUUGUAAAGUACCAUGCUUAGAACUGAGAAAACUGCUUUUUGUGAGCCAACAUAGUAACAAACACACCAAACAAAGUACAAAGCUGCUUUUGUAAGUGUGUAAAUGUCAAGAGCAGAACAUAUCUAUAAUAUUUAAUGUAUGUGAACAGCUACUGUGACAUGCAAAGGAAAGGACAGUGCAGAAUCAAACUGUGUUGAAGACCAGUGGAAAUCGUAUAAUUUAACUUGGAUUUAGGCAGGAAGUGAAAGAUGGGAGGAAUAAAGAAAACAGCUCUGGAGGAUUUAAAAGUUUUCCUGAAGACAGUAAUAAUGCAGACACAAACUGGUUUCAUAUGGUGAGAGCAGCCGCAGCAGCAGCUUGACCUGGUAUUCUACCUGAGUAGAUGAAGCAGAAGAUCAGCAAAUUUGGCAGAGUUCUGGUUUAAGAAAAACCACUACCACCUAGCACAAGUUAAAUUGAUGUUUUUACAAGUCUGCUCCUCAAAAAUGAAAAGAUGGAGGAAAGAGACUAUAAAACCACUUGUAGCAUAUGAAAUGCAGUUGGUACACAUGUGUGUGUUAAUAGGAAAGUCUCGAAUUUGUGUUAUUUUUGAGAUUUGUCAUUUAAGGUACCAUUGCACACUUGAUAAUAUUUCAUUACUAUCUCUAACACAGACCUAACAUCUCGAAUUUAAAGACCAGUUGAAGAUUAAGGGAUUUUUAUCCUUUGUUGAAAGUGAGUCAUGUUGGGUUAUUUGAAAUUCAAGUUUUAAUUGUGCUGCCCAUAUAUGAAAAUGAGACUGCUGACUCACUAUCUAUGGACAUGCACUUUAUGUUGGUUUCUUAGUAGUAAGAGUAACUUCAUGAUAACCCCAGUCCUCUUGCCUAGUUUCUUUUUUGAGGCUAGCUGGGGUUAGGAUUAGAAUGACUAUGGAGCAGGUAUUUAUUCUUCUGGGAAAAGCUUUAACAGGCCAAAAUAGGGAUUGAACUUGUCCUUGGCCUUUAUCAAAGCAAGCUAGCUACCCAGACAUAGUCAGAUACUCUACAAAAUAAACAAGUCUGCUUUAGGAAUUGUCUGGCUACCUUCACUGUUAUCAACUUAGCUGUAAAGAUAUUUCAAAGCUCACUCUUUCAUGAUUUCUUCUGGCUUUCAAUCCUACCUAAGUAUCAAGGAAAUUAACUUGUAAAUAUGGUAGUUGUUUACUAAGGAUAUGUACUGCUCUUGCAAGGAAAUAAUGUCCAAACAAAGCUUCACUUAUUUUUUUUAUAAGCAGAUUUCACUGUUUAUGGCGCUUAUGUAAUACAUUUUAUCUUUUUAAAAAUGUGUCCGUGUAAAGUCAGGAUUCCUUUAUAUUUGUGAGCCUCCUUUUCUCCUUUCCUAAGGAUGUAAUCUACAGUUUUCAGAUCUGCAGGGUAGUCUUGAUUGGCUAAAAACAAAUCAGUUUUCUUCUUGGCAUAAAGUGUUUCAUUAUUAUAGGGGUGUUCAUUUUAAAUAGUUUAAAAACAAUUGCAGCACAUUCUAAGCAUAAAAGAAAGUUAUUGACAACAGAUACCUUCCUAACCUCCCAAGAUGUACAACUCAUUUGUGAAGUAUUAAAAUAAGAGGUAACUCAAGCAGAAUGCUGGCUAUGAAUGUAGAUAUUGAAGCUAUUCAUAAACACUGGAAAUAGAAUUUUAAGCUUGUAGCCUUCAGUGGAAUGCACACAUUGGACAUGUGCAUGUGAACACCUUUUUCAAUAGCACUCACGGAUUUCCAUUCGAUUGUAUAGAAUGAAUACAAGUAUUUUAGUGGAAUUUGCUACUUAAUUUUUUAAUCUUGCGAUGUCCAUGAUUAUUACAUGCUUACUGGUAUUGUGGACAUUGAAGACAAGGUCAUUCGUAGGUGUCAGAUUACGGUGGAGAACAAAAAUCGUUUUCCCCCCACCAGCAUCCAAUCACCAUUCUCGAGGGAACAUUUCUUGCAGAACACCUUAUAUUUCAUUUUCUGUCUUUGCACUUUUUCUUAAGUACAGAAAUGUUGUCUUUAAGACCUAGUUUGAACUUCAUGCAGUAAGAGGAACAAGGAUAAACAAUGUUGGGAGUUCACAUUGUUCAAAGCAUAGGGAAAAGUACCAAAACCCAAAUUUUCUUGAAUAUUUCAGAUGUUUUUAAAAAUUCACUUACUAGUCUGAAAUGUUUGAAGUGUUUUAACUGAGCAGCUGACAAAGUUGAGGUUUUUUUGUUUUGUUUUGUUUUUUGAGACAGAGUCUCACUUGGUCACCCAGGAUGAAGUGCAAUGGAGCGAUCUCGGUUCACUGCAACCUCCACCUCCUGGGUUCAAGCAAUUCUCCUGCCUCAGCCUCCUGAGUAGCUGGGAUUACAGGUGCGUGCCACCACACCUGGCUAGUUUUUGUGUUUUUAGUAGAGAUGGGGAUUUCACCAUAUUGGCCAGGCUGGUCUUGAACUCCUGACCUGAAGUGAUCUGCCUGCCUCAGUCUCCCAAAAUGCUGGGAUUACAGGCAUAAGCCACCAUGUGCGGCCAAAGUUGAGGUUUAUUAGUACUAUUAGAAACAAAGUUGAGCAAGAUAAGUUAAAAGUUUGCAGACUUUGUAUCAGCACUAUAGAAGAUGAGCCACCUUGUUAAUUUGGAAUAUUUCUCUAAAAAGAACAUGUAAGUUAUACCUCAAUGGUGUUAAUGGAGGUGAGAAUUGAGAAAAGUGUUCACAUUAGUGUUGGAAUGUAGGUAAUUACACAGUUCAUAAGAAAACCUUCACCAGGAAAUAAAAUAUGUGUGUGUACACACACACAGUUUUUUAAAAUGAUUAUUGGAAUUCAUCCAAACCUUAAGAUAGGAAACUGGUUGGCUGUAAGUGUUGCCUCAAGUAAUGUGUCUCCCUCCCCUGGAAUAACAUGUCUUUUCUGUGCCAAGUAUCCUCUCCUAGUGUCAGUGUCUCAAAUUAUAUUUAUGGAGGGUUGUCACAUAAUAUGCUUUGUAUUUAACUACCUGCUUCCCGAGCGUCCAUGACAUGAAAUGGAUCAGGCAUCAGCCAUGACUUUCAGUCAGUUCCCAAAAUACCCAUAUGAUAGGGAGGUAAAGAUUGCAAAAUUCCUCUUAAAAGGCCAUUUUUACAGCUUGCUAAAAUAUAGUGGCACCUUGUGGUUGUUAAUAUUUUUUCUUUUAAAGAUGGAGAAUGUUUUUAUUCUUCCCCUUUUCUCCUUUGUUCUUUUGCGAACAAAAAAAUUUAUAAUCUGCCUUAUUUGAUUUUUUUUUUAAGUUUUACCUUACAGGCUUCCCUGUCACGUGUUUUACCAUAUUAAGUACAUAGAAGCCAUGUUUGCAGGGCACUUUUAUUCUCCUAGUCUUAUAAGACUAUGCUGAUUGUUACUUUCUGAAGUAUUCUGUACCUUAGUAUGCAAGAUUGUUAAGGCACAUGUUAAAGUGUCAGGUGUGUUUUUUUUUCCUUUAAUUCUUCAGUAUGUUUAUAUUCAAUAACAGUAUUGUAAUUCAUUGAAUUAACUAGUAAAUUGUGUGCUUUUGAAAAAACAUGAAAAAUGUAAAUUGACAGCAUACUUCAUUUGGAAAAAAGUAAAAGAUCAGAGGAACUAGUAUGUCACUUAUUUAUUUUUAUUUUAUUUUAUUUUUUACUUUUUGAGACAGGGUCUUGCUCUGUCACCCAGCCUGGAGUGCAGUGGCAUGGUCACGGCUCACUGCAGCCUUGACUUCCUGGGCUCAGGUGAUUCUCCCACCUCAGCCUUCCAAGUAGCUGGGACUACAGGCAUGCACCACAUCACCUGGCUAAUUUUUUGUGGAGAUGGGGUCUCGCCAUCUUGUCCAGGCUGUUCUUGAACUCCUGGGCUCAGGCAAUUCGCCUGCCUCAUUUUCCCAAAGUGCUGGGAUUAUAGGCAUGAGCCACUGCGCCCAGCCUUACUUAUUUUUAAGUCAGAUUUUUUAAUCAACUAAAACAGCUGUGAGUUAAGUACCUGCCCUGCAAAAAUUUUUAGGAUUAUGAAAUUAAGAAUUAUUUUCCUUAACUGGAACAGUUCUAAAAUUUAUCUGAUACUCCUCUAACAAGUGAGUGAUCUCAUUUAAGUAACCCCAGUUUGUAUCUUAAAGGCUACAGCAUGGAAUUGAACUGUUUAACAGUGUUAGAACUGUCAAGUGAUAAUCACAGAACAGUUUGUAUUGGUUUUAUAAUUCUCAUGUCUUGAUCAAAUCUGAAGGAACUAGGCAUACCCUCCAACACUCUAAAAAUUAGUGAGAUAUUUAUUUUUAUUAGGAUUUGUUUAUUAAAGUUCCACAAGCUGCUUUAUGGUCAGUUGGGCUGAGUAGUAGAUAUCUUAAAGACAUGCAGUGAAAGUGAACCCUGUCAUACCAUGGUGCCUCUUGAUUUCAAGGUUCCUCUAUAAGUUCUUCAUCAUGCAGAAUUAUUUCAAUACCAAGGUAUGGGUGAACCAGCUGUCCAGCCUUAACUCUAUUUAGUGCCCCAUUACUAAUGUUCUUUUAACUGGUUUGUAUGUGUUUUAACUGUCCAGUGUUUGGAUUUUACCUCUUGAUAGCUCCAUUUGUCCCUGGUGCUGCUUUUAAGGAUGUAGGGCCAUGUGAUCAGGUAUCAAGUUGAGUAGGUACGCAGUUGGCUUAUUGAUGUAUCUGUGCCUGUUUUAUCUUCUCCCAGGAAGAGCUGCUUUGGUAUAGUUGUUUACUUGGAUUCAUACAAAGAACAGGGCAGCAAUCUUGGAAAGCUUUCUGAAGCUUUUAAGAACCUGAAGGGAUUUGGAGGGGGAACAGUAACAAAGGCUGCCUUUAUGUCUUUGGACACAAAGCACAUAGAUGUAUGUUCUGUAAAGACUAAAGUGAUUGUUACACCAGGGCUUCCUGACCUUCGGGAGAGACUCAAAAAAGCAGAGAGGAGCACAAAGUGAAGUUAAUUUGGUUGGUUUGCUUUAUCUGAUUUCUCAUUUUCUUUCAAUUUAAACCUGAACAUAACACCCUUCUCCAAUAUUUAUCCAGCAGACUCCUGGUUGGGAAGCCCUGUAUUAAAUUUUGAGAAUGUACACAGUUUUCUUUUGUACAGUGCUUUACACCUGCUAAAAGUUAACUUGUUUAAUGCAAAACAAGACCUUGAAAGGUCAAUCAUAUUAAAGCUGGUUUGAUUAUUAAUAGUUAUCUUUUAGGAAGAAGCUUUUUUCCCUAUGUAAGAUGUCAUACUACAGAUUUAAAAUAUAGACUAUCAAUAAAAUGCAUGAAGUGAUCAUUUGUGCUUGAUCAUCUCUCCUUGGGUUUUUCUUUAAAAAGGGGAAUCUGCUAUAAAGGUUCUGUUGCUUCAAACCAAUGUCAAAUAGACUUGAUUUUUAGAUUCAAAUGGAAUUACAGUGCAACCUUGAGUUUUAUUCCCCUCACUGCUAUAAGUGUGGGCAGGUACUGGUUUAUAUGUUAUAACUUCUGUUUUAUCUGUGUUGUGUAGUUGAAUGGCUUAAUCGUUGAGUGGUAAAAUAAAAGACUAUAUUCCAAUACAA